UAUUAUCCGGGUGAUACAUUGAUACGACCCAAGUUGUGUGUGUUCAAAAACGACAGUGAGACAAAGGGUGCCGGGAAAGCCGUUGAAAUCGUUUUAUUAGGACGGUCACCAACGCAAUCCCGGUGAUAUACGCUAGUAGAAUGAAUAUUUCAAUUUGGAACACGUCGGACACGAUGCACGCUGCCAACUGCACACCACGUAUCAGCCUCGGCGAAGUACCGUCCGGCAUAUUUACAGAAGAACAGCUCCGCAACGGAGCAAUUGCAGUUCCCGUUGUGGUUGUCAUUUAUAUGCUGUAUGGCAUGACAAUCGCGUGUGAUCGUUAUUUUGUGCCUGCUUUGGAGUGCAUUUGUGAAAGGUUGAAUUUACAAGAGGAUGUUGCCGGGGCAACUUUCAUGGCCUUUGGAAGCUCAGCGCCUGAAUUUCUGACAACGCUCAUCAGUAUGUUGAUGCGAAGUGGAAGUAUUGGUUUUGGUACAGUGAUUGGUUCCGCUGCCUUCAAUUUAUUGCUCAUACCUGGCAUUGUCGGCUUAAUCACGGCGGGAACGCUGUCUUGGUGGAGUAUUGUACGGGAUUCCACUUGUUAUAUAAUGUCUAUUGCAUUGUUGAUUAUCGUCGUCUAUGACUUUUACGUCACGUGGUGGGAAGCAAUCAUUCUGAUUUGCGCAUACGGGUUCUACAUACUCAUCAUGGUGUUCAAUCGUUGGUUGGGGGAACGAGCGGAAACUGCUGCUAAGAAAUGCUGCAGCAAUCGGGGUCGCAAGAAGGAGAAAGAUGGCGAGAAGGCGCCCUUGAUUGCGAGGAAUGGUACAUACAACGCCAUCGACGGCGAAAAUAAUAAAAGCGUACCCAACGGCGAAAGUCAUCAUGCAGUCGACCAGUCUAGUAUGGAAAAGGCGACAGACGGAGUUAUAACGACCAGUGGGGAAUACGAAGUGUAUACUCCAUUUAGAAUGCCGGAAGACGGUCUACUUGGAAAGUGUUUCUGCUGUUGCGGGUUCCCCAUUCACUUAGCUAUGUAUCUGGUUACCCCGGAUUGCCGCAAGGAGAAAAACAAGUCCUGGUACAUAGUGACAUUUGUUAUGUCGUCGUUAUGGAUGGGAGGAUUUUGUUAUAUAGCGGUAUGGAUGGUAGAAGUUAUAGGUUUUAUAGCAGGAAUCCCAGAUGUACUUAUGGGUCUGGUGUUCCUCAGUAUUGGAAGCAGCUUGCCUGACCUGGUUCUUAGUAUACUCGUCGCUAGAGAAGGACACUUGGACAUGUCUAUUGCAAACGCUAUUGGUAGUAAUGUAUUCGAUAUUCUGAUCUGUAUGGGACUGCCAUGUUUGAUCGUCGCAUUUAUCGGAAUGGUUGACGGCAACGACAUGCAGUUGAUAGACGAUUCCAGUUACCUGUUUAUCUUAGCCAUGCUUUUGGUAUGCGUAUUUCUGGUCCUGGCUUGUAUAGGAGCGGCUAAGUGGCGAAUUAAUCGCGUACUUGGGGUGGUUUUCCUGCUGAUGUACGUAUUGUUCAUCGUGGCUUCAGUAACCCAACAGACAUACGGAAGAAACUACUGUGAGUAGUUAAAGAAAAAAAAAACAUACGACGAAACGAAAUAAAUGCGCUUAAUCUCUUUUGAGGGCGCUGGUCACAAACUUUUGUUUCCCAACACUGCAAAAAACUGAGCCGUGAAUCCGAUACCGGUGCUAUUUUCAGAAGUAGAACUUCUAUUUGACUUUUUUAAACAGAUGAACUUUAAACGAUAAAGUCAUGUUUAACUGAAAUCUUUAUCUUUAAUUUUUAUUAUGGCUCUCAAGUUUAAUUUUGUAUUUUCGCUACGUACUAUUUUGCUUCAAUUUGGCAAUAAUUAAGGAACGAAGGCUGAAGGUAUGUUCAUCAACUUCAUGUAAUUGUUGCGUUACGUGUGCUUUUCUGACAGCGGUUGAUCUCUAUACAGUACAUAUGACGCAUUUUUUCCGUACACGGGCAAGUUCUAACAGACUAGAUGCCACAUUGCAACCCAACAUGCUAUCACUGCACAACUAUGCAUGGAUUAAAUAGUACUACUUUUUAGAGGAUACUUUUAGAACGCAUAUUUUUUUUAAUUUUGUUUAAAUAGAGUUUGUAACACUUUUAAUUCAAUUUUGCGUUUUGUGCAUUUAUUUUGUGUGUAGAUUUAACAUAGUUUAAAAAAAUCUUUCCAGUCCAAUAAAUGAACUUGGAAAAUAUUUCUGUUGGAAACCAUUUGUUGCUGCCGUAACUCUCUAAAUUCAAUUUUGAAAGUUGAUAUUGCACAAAGUUAACAAUGCACACAACCCAAAAUAAUUGCACAUGUGUUGUUUGUGUGUGUAUUAAAACAAUGAAAUGAUUAGAUACGACCUGACAAACAAGGACACAAAAAAUAUAAAAAUAUUGUCAUAUAAUUAUUGAUUGUUACACAUAUCAUCAACUUUUUGUUGUUUAUACUAGUCUGAAAUAUUUGGAGAAAAAAAAACUGCCUGAAAAACUGCAAAAAGAGUUUUCGGAACAAUGAUCCUAAGAUUAUCGUUGUAUGUGAAGAGUAGUUUGGUGAACAUAUACUUUUUAUUUGGGUUUUGUAGACAACAACAUGAAAUAAAUCCAUACUAUAAACGU